UAUGUAACAAGAUAUUAUGUCAUAUCAAAUCCCUGCGGUUAGAGGGUUUUCCUUGAGUUUAGUUCAAGGGAGGAGUCAUCACUGUAAAGAAGAAGAAGAAAAGAAAUCCCCUAUAUAGCAUUAACCCUUCCAGUAAGUCUCCUCCCUGUUUGCCUAUAUAAUGACACCAGAAAUGAACCCCAAAUCAUGCACUUCUCAGCUCUAAAGAAACAUCCUCCAAAGGAGCAUUUUUUUGUCCACUCGGAAAUCCACUGAGCCGGCCGUGAGUUCACUUCCCCGAGGGUCCACUUUCCUGCAGCGUUUCUCCGUCUUGUCCAGCAACAUGAGUCCUCAGCUCCUGUCCGUCUUGGUCCUGCUGUCUUCCGUCUUCUCUGCAUGCUGCACUCCACUGUGCCACGACCAGUGCUGCCGCUUCGUGGAGGAGUUCCCCGUCAGGGUGCAGAGGCUCAGGGAGGACUACAGGAGGAUCAGAGGUUUCUAUGAAUCAAACGAUGACUUGGACAAGGCACUGUUGGACCAGAGCGUCGAGGACGCCUUUAAGAGCCAGUUUGCCUGUGAAGCCAUAAACAGCAUCCUAGAGUUUUACCUGAGUACGGUUCUGCCGACUGCGGUGGCCAGCGUGACCACAGACACCAGUCUGAAAACUCAUGUGGAGUCCAUACAGCAGAUUUUCGAUGAGCUGAAGAGGGACGUCCACAGAUGUAGAAAAGUCUUCCAAUGCAAGAAGCCAUUUGACAUCAGAAGCCUGAAUUCAACAUAUACUGAGAUGGAGAGUAAAGGUGUGUUUAAGGCCAUGGGGGAGCUGGAUCUGUUGUUCAACUACAUUGAGACGUACCUGGCAUCUCAACGGAAGAGAAACGCUCAGUGAAGACCAGCUGACUUUAACGAAGAUUAUCAUAACUGUGCGUGUUUUGGGAAAAGAAAUGGACAGUCUUUGAGUUUGAGACUAACAUGGAUCAACUUGAUCAUGUCCAGAACUAUGAAUGUAACUAUAAACCUGCUGAAGUUCUGUCUGUUCUUCACAGACGGUUGUUUUCCUGUUUGUCCCAAGGACAAGUUUGUGUUCAAGAACCAUGUUCUGUCGUGCUCAAAGAUAGAAUAACUAUAUUUUCAGUACAAAGACUAUUUAUUGCUCUUUGUGAUAAAUACAAAAACAUGUAAUUUUAUAUUUAUUUUUAUAUUUAUUGCACUUUCUACUUUUUUAUAGAA